CAAAUAUUCUUAUAAAAAGGAAAACAAAAACGCCUUUUCCACUCUAGUUGCUGUUGGUCUUUACAUUUAUAGGUACAGGGGUGAAGGUCUAAGAGUACGAGUUUUCUUGAUUUGGCCACUCAACAAAACAGACGAGGGGAAAAGGGAAAUGACGAGGAUGAUGUUGAAGUCAUGAACUGGGUUCUAGGCUGCAAAAAUGGAACUGGCUUCAGGCUCUUCUUCAUCAUCCCCAAGCUCAUCUGAUUCCCUUAAUGGGUUGAAGUUUGGGAAGAAAAUUUACUUUGAGGCUGCUGUUGCUGGAACUGCUGAUGGAGCUGGAGGAGGGCAGGCCCGGCAGGGCAGUAAGCCUGGUGGCGGUGUUGAUUCUGAGUCCAAGGCAUCUGAGUCUGGGAGGCCUCCCCCUGCUCCGGCUAAGAAAGGGAGAAGUGGGGUGGCCCCAGGUGGAGGCCAGCCCCCUAGGUGUCAGGUUGAAGGAUGUAAAUUAGAUCUGAGUGAUGCUAAACCUUACUAUUCAAGGCAUAAAGUUUGUGGUGCUCAUUCCAAGUCUCCUACUGUCAUUGUUGCUGGCCUCCAGCAGAGGUUUUGCCAGCAGUGUAGCAGGUUCCAUCAAUUGCCUGAAUUUGACCAAGGAAAGCGAAGUUGCCGCAGGCGCCUGGCUGGCCAUAAUGAGCGCAGGAGGAAGCCACCUCCUGGAUCGUUGUUGUCAAGUCGCUACGGAAGUUUGUCUUCAUCUUUCUUUGAAUCCAGUAGCAGAUCUGGAGGGUUUCUGAUGGACUUCUCUGCAUACCCAGCUCUGAGUGGGAGGGAUUCAUGGCCAAAUGGAAGAGUGUCUGUCCGAGCAACGGGCAAUCAACCUACUGGCACUGGAAAAUUUCUUCAACAUCCAUGGCAGGGCAACCCUGAAAAUCCUCCAUCUGAGCUUCUACUGCACGGUUCAGCAGGUAGGACCACCUAUGUGGGUCCUGCUAUUUCUUCAGGAGGAUGUCUGGCUGGAGUCUCAGACUCCAGUCGUGCUCUCUCUCUUCUGUCAACUCACUCCUGGGGCUCAGGAAACCAAUCUUCGAGUCUUGGGGCUAAUGGCUUAGCUAAUGUGAAUGGGACGCCCUGUGGAGUGAUUCAAGCAUCUGGUUCCCAUGGUGAGGCCAUCGAUCACUUCUCAAGCCCAAUGUGGGGGUUCAAGGGUGGUGAAAAUAAUAGUGGAUCGAAUGAGAUUCCGCCUGAGCUGGGAUUAGGUCAACUUUCACAGCCUGCCAGUAGUCAGUAUUCUGGGGAUCUUGAUGCAUCUUCGCAGAAUGGACGAGAAUACCUGGGACUCGAACACUCUCGGGGUUAUAAUUCUUCCAUUCAGCACAUGCACUGGUCACUUUGAAUGGCUGAGUUCUCGUUGUAUGCUUCUGGAGACUUUUAUGCUUAACAAAUAAAUCGAUGUGUCAGUUUGUUUCUUCUCAAUCGACUAAUAACUUGCGUGCUAUCUGACAGUAACAUUUAUCAGUCUCGUUUCUGCAUGCUGCCUAAGACUUGGAAUGAUAAUAGCAGUUUGUGUGUUUUUAUUUA